CAUAAAGUUGUUUGACUUGAGGGGACCACGAAGAAAGUGUUGGGUGGGGGUUUGGACAGGAUGGCAGACAGAAUGGAACCGUACGAAAUCCCACCAUAAAUUGGGGUCACAUCUCUUGAUAUAAUCAGACACUCACUAGACUUGAGAGAGGUUGAUGACAGAGAACAUUCAGAGGACUUAGAGCGAUAGAAGGAUAGCACAAGGGCAGAACAGCAGGAGUGAGGUUGCAGAAGUCACAAUGAGAACAUUACAUUCUCCUGCGCUAUUGCUGCCGGUUCUGCUGCUGUGGGCUGUGUGUAGUGUUUCUGAGAUUCAGGCUGAGGUAAAGACCGUGAAACUGUGUGGCCGAGAGUUCAUCCGUGCAGUCGUCUACACCUGUGGGGGCUCCAGGUGGAGGAGGUUGAGUAGUCUGCAGGAUAUGGAAGGGCUUUUUAACGGAGAUCCGAGCAGUGCCGAGGAUUUUAAUGAGAGUCUGGGGUCUGAUCUCACCAGGCGAGACAUGAAUCACGUGCUGACAAACAUUUGUUGUCAGGUUGGCUGCAAGAAGAGUGAUCUCACAUUUCUCUGCUGAGGACUGAAUCUUCACUUUUCUAUGUCUGUAUUUUUUUUCCAUGUUCAGUUCUCUCUUUCUCAAGCUGAACAUGAAGGCUUCUCAUUGAAUUUAGUGUACAGUCAGUUUUAAUUAAAUUGAUCUGCCAGUAUAUUAAUCUUAUUUACAAAGAACCCAUAGCUCAUUCUGGAUUACACUUGUGCCUUAACUUGCACUAGAAGAGUGGUUUAAUACCAACACCAGUGACAUUGCAUGUUGAGGUGGAAAGCAGUAAUUAUGGCUCUGUAAAGUUUUUUUUAAUUUUAUUGUAAUUUGUGAACG